AUGGAGACGAACGGGUUGAGGGCGACACCGCCGCCAGACACAUCGGAAAACACCGAGCCUGAAGUUCGACCCAAGGUGUCCCCUUAUGCAAGCCCUAGCUGUAAGGUCUACUUCAAGAGCGGACAACAGUUUAGAGUUCCGCGCGAUCUACUGUGCGAAGAACUCGAUGUCAUUCGCCGCAGUUCUCACGAAAUACGUCUGAGGCAUAUACCAGACGAAGCAGGCCAUGUGCUCAUCCACUACCUCCACACUGGCACGUGGCAAACUCUUCAAGGCAAAUAUCCGCUAGAUACGGCGAGAAACCCGACUCAACUUGGAACCAGCCUACACGUCUACGCCGCUGCGCGCACCUACAAGCUACCGUGGUUGCUAGCGCUUGCUGAGGCGAGGAUCUCUCGUUAUGCGGUAGCGUCGCCUGCUUUGGAGAUUCUCGUUUUAGCAUCGGAUGCUUGUCAACUCCUUGGGGAGGAUGACCGCUGGUUUUCGGACUUCAUCAAACUCCAUGUUCAGCAAUUGUUUGAGGACCCCGCUUCGUUGGACAAAAUCGGCUUUUUGAAGUGCUUUGACAGCGCGACACCAUACUCGAAGAUGCUCGUUAAACUCAUGGUUGAGAUAUGUUGCGAAAAGUCGACCUUUGUCUACCCCGAGUCGCAGCCUGCGCCCCAGGCAGAAUCGGACACCACAGCAGGCCCCGAAGCGACCCUUUUGCUAGAUACCACCGAGCCUGAACCGGAGCCGGCAGAGGAACCUGCACUGAACGGCGAACCUGCACUGGAAGAUGAAAAGGCUUUCACUAGAAAAGAAAAGAAGAAGAAAAAGGGCAACAAGUUGUAUGGAUUUGCCCCCAAGCCUGAGGCGGCGUCUCCGGCGGUGGCUGCAGAACCUGCACCGGAAGCUGUGGUGGAGGAUGAGCCUGUGCAAGACGCAGUUGAACCGAUUGAUGUGGAGUGGGGGCCACCGGUCAAGAAAAAGAAGAAGAAGACCACAAGCGUAUUCUAG